AUGACUGGUGUGGAAAGCUACCGCUUUUCCCAGGACUUAGCCCAUGUCUACUUGACAAUAUUUUCACUUUUCUGCUUCAAACUAUUUGUGAAAAUCAGCCUUGCUAUCCUCAGCCACUUCUACAUAGUCAAGGGGAACCGAAAGGAAGCAGCACGGAUAGCAGCAGAGUUUUACGGAGCUACCCAAGGUCAAGGUUCCUGGGCUGACCGUUCACCUUUACAUGAGGCUGCCAGUCAGGGACGCCUCCUGUCUCUUAAAACCUUGCUUGCCCAGGGUCACAGUGCCAACACAUUGACAAUAGAUCAUGUUUCUCCUCUGCAUGAUGCCUGUCUGGGAAACCACGUAGCCUGUGCAAAAGCCCUCAUAGAAGCAGGUGCCAAUGUCAAUGCCACAACCAUUGAUGGAAUCACUCCUCUGUUCAAUGCAUGUUCCAGUGGCAGUGCGAGUUGUGCAGAGCUCGUGUUGCAGAAUGGUGCCAAACUACAAGGGCAGGACUGUUGGGCUUCAGCUAUUCAUGAAGCAUCAAGUAAAGGUCACCACGAAUGUAUGCAGGUGUUGAUCUCCUGGGGUGUGGACAUUGACCUGGACAUCUCUCAACAGGGAACACCCCUUUAUGUAGCUUGUAUCCAUCAACAGUAUUUUUGCAUUAAAAAGCUUCUUCAUGCAGGGGCCAAUGUCCAGAAAGGCAAACAUUUGGAGACUCCUUUACAUGCUGCUGCCCGUCAGUCCAAUCCAGAAAUUGUUAAGAUGCUGCUUGAGUUUGGAGCAGACAUUAGUGCCAGAAAUGCAGAAGCUGAGAGGCCUAUUGAUGUUGCUGUCACCAGUAGUCCAGUGGAUAGGUUGCUUCUGCAUUAUGAAGCAACACCAAGCUCCCUGUGUCAGUUGUGCCGCCUGUGUGUUCGAGGUUGUCUCGGGAGAGCCCGCUUACAGUUCAUUCCACAGCUGGAAUUACCCAAACUACUGAAGGACUUCUUGCAGCAUAAGUAACCUACUUCCCUUUGAAUCCAACAGUCUGCUUGGGAAGGUGGUUUCAGAUCUUGGCUCUGCUCUUUUCU